AGCCCAAGGGCCGCCCUGGAGCGGACGGGGGCGGAUCGCCCCCCCCUGCAGCGAUGGCGGCCGUCCGGUCCGUGGCGGCGGGGGCACUGCUGCUGGUGCCGCUGGCGGUGCUCGCCGCGGUGCACGGGCAGCUGGAGGGGUGGGCGCUGUACUCCGAGGAGGAAGUGCUCGACGCCAACGUGAUGCACCCGAUCUUCAACUCGCAGGAGCAUUACGUCGAGGCCUACUGGAAGCCCGCCAUGAAGCAGAGGGAAAGGCUCGACGCGCUGACGCACGUCAUUCACCAGGCGGCCCGCGCGCUCACGGAGGUGGGUCUCAGCCCGUUCCUCGAGUCGUCCGCCCUCAUAGGCUGGAUGCGGCAUGAUGGCCAGAUCCCGUGGGAAAUCGACGGGGACCUCGGCAUAUCCGCCGCUGAGUGCCGCGCAGCCAACGCGACCAAGGCCCGCCUUGAGCGGGUCGUCGACAGCCAGCUGGAGGUCCUGAAGUUCGCGUGUUCCUGCGAGGAGGACUGCGAGGGCGACAACAAGCGGAUGGCAGGGCGGUUCACGCACCGCCAGACGGGCGUCUGUAUCGACGUCUUCGCCUACGGCCCGGUCAAGCAGCCGCAGGAGUGGCAGAGGGCGCCCCGCUACGCCGGAACCGAGUGGUGGGAGCGCGUGGACGACCACGCGGGCUACACCUUCCCGCGCGACGCCCUGCUGCCCCUGCAGCAGGGCUCUUUCGUGGGCUCCCCCAUUCUCCUGCCCGCCAGGCCCCGCGAGUUCCUCAGCUGGGAGUACGGCAGCUGCCUCGACGCCCACGUCUGGCCGUGGGGCCUGCUGCUGUACACGCCGGCCCUCUGGACCGCGCACCUCGCGAGCGCCGUGCAGGGCCUGGCGCUGGUGUCGGGGCCGAGCACGUCGAGGUCCUGGCUGCACCUCCUCCUCCUGGGCCUCUACGCGUCCACGGUGCACGCGCUGCUGCAGGGCGGCGUGGCGCUGCUUGUCCGGGCGCUCGGUGUCCUCUGCGAGGCCGCCGCCGUGGCGGUGCAGCCCCGCAUCUGCGCCGACGGGGUGCGGCGGAGAUACCGCUGGGCGCUCCUGGCCGCGCUGGCGCUCCUGGCCUUCGGGCUCGGGUCGAGCGUCCGGUUCCUCGCCUGCCAGGUCGACGACUUCUACAUCCGGCCGCGCCGCCCGAAGCUGUGGACGCUAUGCCUGCUGGGGAGGUGCUGGGACUUCGGCGGCUGAGCUGGUCGGGAGCCUUCGCCACGGACGCCGAUCCGAUACGCCCCCCUCUCCCUCCAUCCCCUUGUCCUCCCCCUCCCUUCCCUUUGGAUCGAUGGCCUUCCCGAGGGUCUCUCGGCUGCCCAGCGGUGCUCCGGCGGUAGGGGGGCGCGCUGCCGCGGCGCCCUCACCGCGGCACGGGCCGCAUGUUGGAGAGGGCACUUCCCCCGAUCCAUGGAUUUGGCGACCGCGCGCCAAAUCCAUGGGUCGCUAGUCCAUGUUGGCGCGCCCGCGAGUAACGUGCGCUAUUGCGAAUGGUAGAAACAAUUAUUCAUGCCGUGCAGAGCCGUGCGGCGGAGUGCAGAGCA